AUGCAAAACCGUCUCGUUGUUGUGCUGUGCAACCUGAAGCCGGCGAAAAUGCGAGGUGUUGAGUCUCGAGCGAUGGUGAUGUGUGCAUCUUCUCCUGAAAAGGUGGAAAUAAUGGAAGUGGAUCAAUCAUCUCAACCCGGAACACCAGUGUUUUGUCCACCAUACAAUCACAGACCAGAUGCUCAGCUGAAUCCCAAAAAGAAGAUUUGGGAAACUGUAGCGGAAGACCUUAAAGUUAGUUCCGAUGGAUAUGCUGUUUGGAAGGACUGUCCUCUUCUUGUUGGCGGUGAAACAAAAAUGACUGCUCCAACGUUGCGAUGUGUUUCCAUCAAGUAG